AUGGCGGCGAAUGCGGUGGGCGGAACGGGGAAUCCAAUCCCUACGUCGGCGGUUUUAACAGCAUCGGCGAAGCAUAUAGGAAUCAGGUGUAUGCCGGAAAACAUGGCGUUUCUGAAAUGCAAGAAGAAUGAUCCUAACCCAGAGAAAUGUCUCGAAAAGGGACGUGAAGUCACUCUUCUUGGACUGCUGAAGGAUCUUCACCAGAAAUGCCCCAAGGAGAUAGAUGCUUACGUUGGGUGUAUGUAUUACUACACCAACGAGUUUGAUUUGUGUCGGAAAGAGCAAGAAGCCUUCGAGAAAGUGUGUCCAUUGAAAUAA